AAAAUAAUGAGAAUAACAAUGAUAACAGUACAAUGUCAAGUGUUUCAAUUAGUUUAACAAGUGAAUCAAUUUCAAGUGAUGUACCAUCAAAGAUACAACGAGGUGUGACAAUGUCAGCAGACGAAAAAGCCAAUUUAUUGAUUUUAAAGAAGGCGGUUUCAUUCCAUGACGCAUCAGGAACAUUUGUUGUUGAAUCGGGUUCAUCCAAUCAAAAUGUGUAUAUUGUCGAUUUAAAAAAAUUUCCAAUAUUUACUUGCACAUGUCCAAAUCAUAAUAAAAAAGUAUAUUGUCAUCAUAUCAUAGCAGUAAUGAAAAAAUUAAGAAUGCCAAUUAGGAAUCCAAAAACAGCGGUAAAGUCUGGACAAUUGCGCAAAAAUCGAAGAAGAGCUGCGGGGAUUGGAGUUCCAGGAAGGAAAACUCCAACGACAAUGGACAAACAAAAUAAAGAUGAAACAAUAAAAGCUCCACGUCCUGUCCGCAAAAGAAAAUCAAGUAUACCCAAGAUAACGCCUGAUGAAAAGAUAACUAAAGAUUUACCAUUGAGUACAAUCACAAACACAUGCACCACCAACAAAAUAACCACAACACCGUUAAUCUUACCCAUACAUCAAACUUAUCAAAGUCUUAAGCAACAAAAUGCCAUUUUACCGAUACCAAUAACAACAUCAAUGAAAAUAGUUCGUCUUGUGUCACCCACAAUAACCACAACAGGAACUACAACAACAACACCUUUAAGAUUCACAUUAAUGCCACAAUGA